UCAACGCGUUGCGGGGCUGGAAGCCGGGGGGGUCUUGCGGGGGUCCCGGCCCCGCGCCAUGCAGGACGCCCUGGACGCCUGGCAGGAGCUGCAGGAUGACUUCCACCAGCUCCAGGAAACCCACAAAACUUACAAGCAGAAAUUGGAGGAGCUCACAAGCGUGCAGGCGGCCUGCAGCAGUUCCCUAAAGAAGCAGAAAGAGAGGCUGAAGGAGUUGCAGAAAAACUUCAAAAGAUGCGACAGCCAGGGCAGCUCAGAAACGGAGCUCAUCCUGCAGAUCAACAACCAGAUCCGCGAUCACCAGAAUGUUUUCUUCGACAUGGAGGCCUAUUUGCCAAAGAGGAACAGUCUGUACUUAAAUCUGGUGUUGGGGAACAUUAAUGUCACUCUGCUAAGUGAGCAAGCCAAGUUUGCCUACAAAGACGAAUACGAAAAAUUCAAACUCUAUUUAACCAUCAUCUUGUUGCUUGGAGCGGUUGCUUGUCGCUUUGUUCUCCAUUAUCGGGUCACCGAUGAAGUGUUCAACUUCCUCUUGGUUUGGUAUUUCUGCACACUGACGAUAAGAGAAAGCAUCCUCAUCAGCAACGGGUCAAGGAUUAAAGGCUGGUGGGUGUCUCAUCAUUACAUUUCUACGUUCUUAUCUGGCGUGAUGCUAACAUGGCCAGAGGGACUCAUGUACCAAAUGUUCCGGAACCAGUUUUUAUCUUUCUCCAUUUUUCAGAGCUGUGUCCAGUUCCUUCAAUAUUAUUACCAAAGCGGUUGCCUUUAUCGACUUCGUGCACUGGGCAAAAGAAAUCACUUGGAUCUCACAGUAGAGGGGUUUCAGUCGUGGAUGUGGCGAGGACUGACGUUUCUCCUCCCUUUUCUGUUCUUUGGACAUUUUUGGCAACUCUACAACGCGAUCACCCUUUUCGAACUGUCGAGGCACGAGAAAUGUAAAGAAUGGCAGGUUUCGGUCCUGGCUCUGACAUUUCUGAUCCUCUUCCUCGGAAACUUCCUCACCACGCUGAAAGUGGUCCAUACAAAAUUGCAGAAGAACAAAACCAAGAAGUUGUGAAAGAGGACGACUGAAGCGGCGGGCAGGGCCAGUCAACGUGGGAUGGAGUCCUGGUUCGGGGUGGCCUUCUCUGCAUGUGUUCCAACCAGUUCUCCAGCUUCCUGGCCGGCCCACCGCUAAGAGAAUCCCUGGAGGAAAUUCCACUCGACGUCCUGUGGUGUCCUCCAGAACUGACUCGAUUAGUCAAUGCUGCUGUCUUCCCACCAAUGAAUGACCUGUUUAUAUAUUUAUACUGAAUGCAAGAUCCCAAAAUUUGGGGGAGCCAUAGGGUUGGCCCGGGGGGGGGGGGGGGAUGGGUGGGGGGUCUUUUUUUUUUUUUUUAAGGAGAUAGAAUUAUUCUGGAAUAAAGCGAGCUUUAAUUGCACUGCUGUGUGUUUCGUGUUGGGGUUGGGAAAAUCUUUCUACCUCUUCAUGCCAUCCAAUCCAGAGAGUUUGCAGAGUUGCAAUUGCUUGAAUAGCUGCCCCACGUCUCUUUGCCCUCGCUUGGUAUGUAAAGAUGCUCAGGCUGUUUUUACGAUAUAUGCGGGAGUCUCUACUCCUCCUUUAGCCUUUAUUUCAGCCAAAUUCUUUAGCAAGGAUGGGAGAUGAGAAAUUACAAAAUCUUCUUGAAGCUCAGGUGGGAGGGAGAAAUCACAAUAUGUUCUGGGCUUUGUUGAGCCAAAUAUUGCAGUGAUGAUUUCCAUAUUCUUCCCUUGAAAUUUGAGCACUUUCAAGGGGCAGAAAAUGGCAAAGAAAGAAACAGCCCCCCCUCCCUGCAAUUCUGUACCAUAAUUUUAGGCUUGGAAUGUGUUUGCUGUGAGGCCUUUUCAGGAUUAGUUAUGAAGAAUUUUGGGAUCACUGAGUAUUCCUAGUCUUAUCUGCCACAAAGGCUAAGUUUCCUGCUGAAGGGAGCCCUGGAAAUGACAGGUGCAAGCUGGAAUCCAAAGGCAAAGCUCUUCUCUGCUUUGAUGUAUGCUCUGUGCACCCAGAUAAAUUCUGCUGAUUAAAGUCUGCUUUAUUUGGUGUAUGAUAUCAACUGAUUUUUACCCUGGGUAAACUAACUGAUCUGAUAACCUUAGAUUUAGAAAAGUUUAACUCAUUAACAGCCCGGCCCGCUUACUUAUUAUCGGUAUUGUAGCUUAAUGAAACAUUCACUCCCUUCUCCAUUAGUACAAAUAUUUAUCCUUUCAGUGCAGGUUUUUAUUUUUCUAUUAAAGUGAAAAAAAUAUUUUAAAGUACAGUUCAGAGCAUUACCAAGACAGAAACAUGGAAAAUUGACAUAAAGAGUCCAACUGUCAACUAGAAAUAGUUUAAAGGCACAGCAUCAGGUAUAAAGGCAUAUUUCGAGGUAGCUAUUCCUUAUGAAAUAGUAAGAAACGACCUAAAGAAAUCCAUAUAGGCACAAGAAGCAGGGCAAAUUGUGAAUCAUUUCUUCAGGAGUUGGUGGUUGAAUCUCCCAAUUGAAUUGGGGUUUACUAUACCUAAAUAAUAAAUCUCAGCCACACUAUAUUUUAACUAUUGGACUGUCUAUUUUUAUCUAGCUUACUACAGAAGGAAGUAUGACAAGAGUUACAUUCAUACAUCAUACUGAAUGAUGGUUUAUUUUAACUAAA